AUGGGGCACCUGGUAACUUUGGCGACAUGCAACCUGAACCAAUGGGCUCUCGAUUGGGAGGGCAACCGGGACAGGAUCAUUGAGAGUAUUCGGCAGGCAAAGGCUGCUGGGGCUACUCUCCGAGUUGGUCCCGAGCUUGAGAUCACUGGAUACGGCUGUCUUGAUGCCUUCCUUGAAGGCGAUACCUUCCUACACUCAUGGGAAAUGCUUGCUCAGAUUAUCGAUCACCCGGACUGCCAAAAUAUUGUUGUAGACGUUGGUAUGCCAGUCCGGCACAGAAAUGUUCGAUACAACUGCCGUAUCAUCUUCUACAACCGCAAGAUCGUUCUCAUUCGCCCUAAGAUGUGGUUGGCCAACGAUGGAAACUACCGCGAGUACCGCCACUUUACGCCCUGGCAGCGCCCCCAGGAGACGGAGGACUAUUAUCUCGAACAAAUUGCAGGCAAUAUUACCGGACAGUACAAGGUGCCAUUCGGCGAUGCGGUUAUCAGCACGAGAGAUACCUGUCUGGGCUUGGAGACUUGUGAGGAGCUCUUCACACCAAAUGGACCUCACAUUCCAUAUGGAUUGGCAGGCGUUGAGAUCAUCUCCAACUCUUCCGGCAGUCAUCAUGAGCUUCGAAAGCUUGACACACGCCUGAACCUUAUCACCCAGGCCACCAGAUUGAGUGGAGGUAUCUACCUCUAUGCCAACCAGCAAGGAUGCGACGGCGAUAGGCUUUAUUACGACGGUUGUGCCAUGAUUGUCAUCAACGGAGAAAUUGUUGCUCAAGGCUCCCAAUUCUCCCUCAACGAUGUAGAAGUCGUCACUGCUACUGUGGAUAUUGAAGAAGUCCGCACUUACCGAGCUAGUGUCAGCCGUGGUAUGCAGGCAAGUAAGCAGUCUCCUUACCAGCGUAUCGACCUUGACGUGAGACUUUCCCGUCGCCCCGAGGAGGCCGACCCUAGCCUCACAGUCUCUGAGCCCCGCAAAGCUCGCAUUCACGCGCCAGAAGAGGAGAUUGCUCUCGGACCGGCUUGCUGGCUGUGGGACUACCUCCGGCGAUGCGGUGUUGCCGGAUUCUUUUUAGCUCUGAGCGGUGGUAUUGACAGCUGUUCCUCCGCACUAAUCGUGCACUCAAUGUGCCGACAAGUCUUGAAGGCCGUAAACGAGGGCAACGAGCAGGUAAUCAAGGAUGUUCGCCGGCUUUGUGCUAAACCCGCAGACUCCGAUUGGCUUCCCUCAUCUAGCCAGGAGAUUUGCGUGGCUAUCUUUCACACUGCGUACAUGGGUACCCAAAACUCCAGCCAUGAGACUCGGACCCGAGCGAAGAGACUCGCUCAGGAUAUCGGCUGCUAUCAUAUUGAUUUCAACUUUGACACCGUUGUCACUGCCAUCAUGAAUGUCUUCACUGCUGUAACGAGCUUCCAGCCACGCUUCAAAUUCCACGGUGGUGCGCCUGCCGAGAAUCUGGCUUUGCAGAAUGUACAGGCUCGCAUGAGAAUGGUUUUCUCUUAUCUAUUUGCCUCGUUGCUCCCAACCGUCCGCCAGCGCCCUGGUGGAGGUGGUUUGCUGGUGCUUGCAUCGUCGAAUGUGGAUGCUUUCAAUUGGUCUCUGCUAAUGAGAGAUAGCUUGCGAGGUUACCUUACGAAAUAUGACGCCUCAUCUGCUGAUCUCAACCCAAUUGGCAGUCUAAACAAAGUCGACCUUAAACGGUUCAUUGCCUGGGGUGUUCGCGAGUUCGACAUGCCCAUCCUUACCGAGUUCCUGGAGGCCACCCCAACCGCCGAGCUAGAACCCCUGGCAGCCGCACAAUCCGACGAGGUCGAUAUGGGAGUUAAAUAUUCUGAGUUGGGUACAUUCGGAUAUCUCCGCAAAGUGGCCAAGCUCGGCCCAUGGUCCAUGUAUGAAAAGUUGCUCCAUGUCUGGGGCAAUGAGCUCAGUCCGCGUGAGAUCUACGAGAAGGUUCGCCACUUCUCGUUCUACUACGCUAUUAAUCGCCACAAGAUGACGACCAUCACGCCGGCAUAUCACGCGCUCGACUACUCUCCCGAGGACAACAGACACGAUCUGAGACAGUUCCUAUACCCACCAUUCACUUGGGCAUACAAGAAAAUGCUGGAGAAUGUCGAGUUUUGGGAAUCCAAGGGCUGGACAACCGGGAAAGGACAGAAGAAGAGCGUCAAGGCGGAUUAA